CUUUUUUUUUUUUGGCCUUCUUUUAUCUCUCAUCACUUUCUCUUUCCCAAACAAAUACUGGAUAAUAGAUAUAUGGGUCCUAACUCCAUUGUUAAGCUAUUUUAUUUGUUUAUAUAUUUAUUUGUAUGUUUAUUUGUUUUGAGAGUUGAAGAUUAAGUUUGAAUCUGAAAGUUUCCAUUUCUGCUGCUUUGGACUCUUAGAUUUUUUUCCAUUUUAUGCCAUAUGUUCAUAUACUGUGAAUUGAGAUCUUUGGUUUCCAUAAUUUAGCUCAUUGGAUUUUUAGUGUUAGAAAUGUAACAUAUUUUCUCGGGAACCAAACAGAUUAUAUAUCACUCUUUGACUUUUAAGUGCUGUCUCUGUUUGAUCUUUAUUUAGCUUCGUAUGUACUUGGAUCUGUAUUUGAUCUCCCUUUAAUGUAACUGCAAUGCAUUUCUUAUUUGAAGCUUUUUAGAUUUUGUUUUGAUGUUUAUUCUUGGGUUAAUUUAACUUUUAGUCCCUGAACUUGAUAGUUAGAUUUAUUUUGGUACCUAAACUUGGCAACUAUGUCCAUUUUGGUCCCUAAACUUGGUAAAUGUGAAAUUUUGAUAAUGUGGUAUUUUGAGAUUGUGCUGCGUGAUUAAAUCUUGAUGGAAUCCAAGUUCAGAGACCCAAAUGGACUUAGUUGCCAAGUUUAGCUAAGUGGACAAAAAAAGUAUAGGUAUCGAAGUGGCCUAAUGGCCAAGUUCAGGGACUAGAAGUUAUAUUAACCCUUAUUUUUUUUAUUUUGUUUCCCUGUGGUAUUUGUUGCUUAUUCAAUGGGAGUGUUAAACAGUACUCGAAUGUCAUUGAAUGGAAAAUUUUGAAUCAUGGUAAAAGAUUAAUAAUUUCUAGUGUUGUUAAUUAUAUGUAGUAGCUUCAUGGAUGACAAUGCAUUGAAUAUGCGUAAUUGGGGUUACUACGAACCGUCGUUUAAAGGACAUCUCGGUCUGCAGCUAAUGUCGACAGUUGAACGAGAUGCAAAGUCUUUUAUUCCUAGCCGUGAUUCCAAUCUCAUGGUUACUACCAAUACCGCCUUUCACCAGCAGGACCCUGUUGUUUCUGAGGCACAUACCCCCAUGAAUUAUGUUCGGGAUAGUUGGAUUGCCGACAGAGAAAAGAUUUUCAGCAUGUUUCCAGCCACCACUCCUAAUUACGCUGUUCAUCCGGAAACAUCGGCAGCUUAUUCAUUGCCAAUUUUGCGGUCACCACCUUAUUCUUCAACAAGAGAUGAGAGGGUGGCAAGUAGUGUUGAAGAGCCACCAGCUAAUAAGGACGGUGUUGAACCGAAGAAAAGGCAGGGUGGAGCUGCCCCUAAGAUGCCGAAGGCCAAAAAGCCUAAGAAGCCGAAGGAAAAUGCCAAUUCUACAGUUCAACGGGUGAAAUCAGCAAAGAAGAGUAUCGUUUUUAAAAUAAAUGGGUAUGACAUGGAUAUUUCAGGCAUUCCGAUUCCGGUUUGCUCGUGCACCGGAACCGCUCAGCAAUGUUAUCGAUGGGGCUUUGGUGGUUGGCAAUCUGCUUGUUGUACUACAAACGUAUCCAUGUAUCCUUUGCCAAUGAGCACCAAAAGACGUGGUGCGAGGAUAGCUGGCCGUAAAAUGAGUCAGGGGGCAUUCAAGAAGGUCCUCGAGAAACUUGCAGCUGAAAAUUAUAACUUCAGUAAUCCGAUUGAUUUGAGGAGUCAUUGGGCAAGACACGGUACCAACAAGUUUGUUACUAUCAGGUAGUAGUAAUGAUAGUCGAACUCCAUCACUAAACAUGUAUAUAUACCCAUGGCCAUCUUUGUUCGAAUCUUGUAGUUUUUCAUUUGUGCUCAUGCUUUAAGAACAUCCUGUUUAUUCCGGUUUAAAAUCGUGGGUGAGUUUUUAGUUGUUGGAUUUUGUUUGGAUAAUCUCCUUUCAUCCACCUGGAAAAGUGUUGUUAGAGACUGGCUCGGUAUCUUUAAACUGACAUCAAUGACAUUUUAUUUAUUCCCUUUAUUAACAUAAAUUUGUGAAUGAUUAUUAUGUAGCAAAUCUUUAUCAUUUGAUAUGUUGUUCUAUAACAUCUUUCGGAUGUUAGAAUCGAAGAAAA